AUGGUCUUUGCGCGCCGUUCAAUCUUCCGCGCUGCGAAUGCAGCUCAGUCCUUCCGUGUCGCUCCUAUUGCCCGCCAGUCUGCUCAGUUCCUUGGUCGCCGAUUCAAGUCUACUAGCGGCAGCUAUCAGCAAGGGCAUACAUCCAGUGAUUUGCCUUGGCUCGCGGUGUCUACUACUGUGACCGUUCCAAUGGUCUUUUACCUCUGGCCUUCCAGUUCGGAGGGACACCACGACGCUCACGGGGACGAACAUAAGGACGAACACGCGAAGGAGGGCGGCGAGGUAGAGGAGGCUUCUGAAGAGAAGCCUGCCGAUCAGAAGUCUGCUGAGGGUUCUUCUGAGGCGGCACCCAAGCAGGAGGAAGAGAUGGACGCCGAGGAGAAGGGCGAGGAUAAGGGCGAGGAGAAGGCGGAUAAAAAGGGAGAGCCCGAGGAGAAGAAGGAAGAGCCCAAGGACGAAGAUAAGGAGGAGAAGCCCAAGGAUGAUGACUCUAGGGAAAACAAAGAUGACGAGAAAGAUGACUCCAAGGAGGAAGAGCCUAAGAAGGAUGAGCCAAAGGAGGAUGCUGGGAAGAGCGAGAACGAUGAUGGCGAGUCAAAGAACUGA